AGCAGCCAAAGGCAGAGGAAUUAUGCCAUUGUUCAGUAGCGCAUUGACUCUUCAGAGCGACGUGUUACUAUUAUAGCGCAGGUUGGAGAGGCGUGGGCUACUACCGAUCCCCUAUGAGUGAGGCUUUGAUGUUCGCACAGACGGGCUCUUUACCAGUGCGUCCCGCUGCUAUAGGCUGGGCAUGAAGGCAUUCUCUAUUGGUGGCUGUGCGUACACAUAGAGGAGCGCUAGCGCGGGAUAAGGGUUGGCGCCUGAGGUUCAUAUUUUCAACUUUUUAAGGAAUUAAAUAUCAGUCAACCCGGCUGUAAAUUUCGCUCGGACAUGAUGGAUUUAUGACAAACUGCAUGCCUUUUCUGAUGGAGUUGAAUUGACGAUUGACUCAUUUGAGCGUCCAUGCGUGUUAUAUGUUUAGAGAUGUGUUUUAUCCCUUAUUCUACAGCUGAUGUUCUAGGACAAGUUUCGGACACCAAAAUGUGUAUAUUUUUUAUUUUCAUAUUAUCAACUUUAGAAAUAUGUCAUUCGCUGGCCCCUCGGAACGUUUAUACAAAUCAUUGGGCAGUGCGUAUUGCAGGGGGGCAAGAAGAAGCGGAUAAACUUGCUGCUAAAUAUGGUUAUAAUAAUUAUGGACAGAUCGGGAGUCUGGAGGACCACUACCAUUUCCACCACAGCAGAGUGGUGCGCAGAGCAGCUUUCUCCACUAGGGGCGCUCACUCCUUCAUCCAGAUGGACCCAAAGGUUGACUGGGUCAAACAGCAGCUAGUGAAGCAGAGAGUAAAGAGAUACAUCAAAAGCGACACCAGAAGCCCUGACCCCAACUUCGUCCACUUCAACGACCCCAAAUGGUCCAACAUGUGGUAUAUUCACUGUACGGACAAGAACAAUCGCUGUCGGUCAGAGAUGAACAUUCUGGCAGCGUGGCAGAGAGGCUACACAGGCAAGAACGUGGUGGUCACCAUCCUGGACGACGGCAUCGAGAGGAACCACCCUGACCUGGCACAGAACUAUGACCAGCUGGCAAGUUAUGAUGUCAGGAACGACCAUGAUCCAACUCCUCGUUAUGAUUCUAGCAACGAGAACAAACAUGGGACGCGGUGUGCCGGUGAGGUUGCAGCUGUGGCCAAUAACUCCCACUGCAUUGUGGGAAUUGCAUACAAUGCACGCAUUGGAGGUAUUCGUAUGCUGGAUGGUGAUGUGACAGAUGUAGUAGAGGCGAAGUCCCUCGGUGUCAGACCUGACUACAUAGACAUCUACAGCGCCAGCUGGGGACCUGAUGACGAUGGAAAGACUGUGGACGGACCAGGGCCUCUGGCCAAACAGGCCUUCGAGAUGGGCAUCAAAAAGGGCCGGAAGGGUCUGGGAUCCAUCUUUGUUUGGGCGUCGGGGAACGGCGGUCGCCAGGGCGACCACUGUUCAUGUGAUGGCUACACCAACAGCAUCUACACCAUCUCCAUCUCCAGCACCACAGAGAACGGCAACAAGCCCUGGUACCUGGAGGUCUGCUCCUCCACACUGGCCACCACCUACAGCAGCGGGGAGUUCUAUGACAGGAAGAUAGUGACCACAGACCUGCGGCAGCGAUGUACUGAUGGCCACACUGGUACCUCUGUGUCAGCUCCCAUGGUGGCUGGGGUCAUCGCUCUCACUCUGGAGGCCAACCCAUUGGUCAGCUGGAGAGAUAUCCAGCACCUGCUGGUCAAGACGUCCAGGCCUGUCCACCUGAAGGCCAACGACUGGAAGACCAACGCAGCCGGACACAGAGUGAGUCACCUGUAUGGCUUUGGGCUGGUGGAUGCGGAGGGUAUGGUGGUGGAGGCUAAGAAGUGGAGGAGUGUUCCUACCCAGCACACCUGUACUAGGAUGUCUGAACGACGUACCAGGUACAUCCGUGCAGACCAGAGCCUGAACAGCACCAUCACAAGCACAGGGUGUACAGAGAAGGCGGAGCAGCAUGUGAGCUACGUAGAACAUGUGGUGGUCAAGGUACUGGUUGUCCAUCCACGACGAGGAGAUCUGGAGGUCAACCUCAUAUCACCCUCAGGAACACGCUCACAGCUACUGGCCAAGAGGUUGUUUGAUAACUCUAAUGAAGGUUUUAGGAACUGGGAGUUCAUGACUGUUCACUGCUGGGGGGAGAGGGCAGAGGGCCAGUGGAUCCUGGAGAUCAUAGACUCUCCCUCAUCUCUACGCAACCCAGAGGUGCUGGGUAAACUGAAAGAGUGGACGCUGGUCCUUUAUGGCACCUCAGGGCACCCGUACCAGUCUCACGGGACCCAGCACUCUCGCUCCAGGAUGCUUGAGAUCCCAACCCCCAGCCGGGACCCCAACGGGCCCGAACCACCCCCGGAGGUCCUCAAGCACCAGGAGGAGGAAGAGGAGGAGUACAGCGGGCCGUGCCACAGUGAGUGUGGGGACCAGGGCUGUGACGGGCCAGAUCCAGACCACUGUCUGAACUGUAUCCACUACAGCCUGGGCAGCCUCAAGACAGGCAGGACGUGUGUGAGCCACUGUCCGCUGGGCUUCUACGAUAACUUGGAGGCCAGGAGGUGUCGACGCUGUCACAAGGGCUGUGAGAGGUGUGUGGGACGCACCCCCACCGAGUGUCGCUCCUGUCGCAGGGGACUCUACUUCAACCCCCUCAACACUACCUGCUCUGAGACCUGCCCUGCUGGGUACUUCGCUGACGACAUUCAGAGGAAAUGUCUGAGGUGUCACGAGAACUGUAUGAAGUGUCUGCGGGACUCAGACAGGUGUACUGCCUGUAACGACGGCUACAGUCUGGCGGGGAUGACCUGUGUACCAGAGUGUGCCAACGGAACCUUCUUUCAUCUGGAGGAGAUGAAGUGUAGUCCCUGUCACACCUCCUGCUCUACCUGCACAGGUCAGUGUCCCUGUCACACCUCCUGCUCUACCUGCACAGGUCAGUGUCCCUGUCACACCUCCUGCUCUACCUGCACAGGUCCAGGUAAGGAGGAGUGUAUCCAGUGUGCCAGAGAUCACCUGCAGCAAGAGUGGAGGUGUGUUCAGACCUGCGCCCCAGGAUACUACUCAACAGAGGAUGCUGGCUACCACCAGGGGAUGUGUCACAAGUGUGAGGAGAAUUGCCUGAGUUGCGACGGCCCCGGGACGACCUGCGUCAAGUGCAAAGCCAGCUACAACCUCGUCAGCAGGAUGUGCAUCGUGAACGCCACCUGUAACAAUGCCGACGAGGUGUUUUGUGAGAUGGUAAAAUCCAACCGGCUGUGUGAGAAGAAGCUGUUCCGCCAGUUCUGCUGCAGAACCUGUCUGAUGACCGGUUGAGAAUCCUAGUAGAGAACCUGAAGAGUGGAACCUGGAGAGGAACCCUGCGUGGAACCCACCACUUCCUCAUCCACUGUACAUUUCCAAACUAGCUAAUGUUUGUGUCUGAAUGAAAAGAAAGAGUGAAUAGGUCUUCACCAGGGUUGGGGUCAAUUCCAUUUUCCUCAAUGCAUUCCUGAAUCCACUGAAUUGAAAUGGAAUUGACCCCAACCCGGAACAAACACUAUUCCUCCAAUCAAUUUUACCCCGCAAAGGGUAGACUUGAUUUUCAUACGAUACAUACAGUAUUUUAAAGUUGUCUUUUUUAUUUAAAAAACAACAUACAUGUAACAUGUAUAUUUUGUAUUCUAAUGCUGCAUUGUUGUAAAGUACAGUACUUUUUACAAUGACACGUUAGUGGAUAACUAUUUGAUUAAACAACUGUGUUUUGGAAGUGAAGCUGGUUGAUAAACCAACAGCAUCACUCAAAAUGGGGAUGGUAUUUAUAAGGCACCAAGUGGAAUAAGACAAACUGAAACAUGAAGGGACUACUUGAACGUUUCUGUUUUCUGUUGUGUCCUACCGAAUACGACCCUGAUCAACUUUUUCAUACUUAAUAUACAAACUUCCUCACAAAAAAAAUGUUUAUACUGUAUAAGGCUUUUAGUUUUUUUUAUAAAGCAAUAUGUAAAACAAUGAAUUACUGUAAUUGUAUUUACAUUUUAGCAGACACUAUUAUUCAGAAUGACUUACAGUAGUGAGUGCAUACAUUUUCAUGUACUGGUCCCCGUGGGAAUCACACCCACAACCCUGGCGUUGCAAGCGCCAUGCUCUACCAACUGAGUUACACGGGACUAUUACUGAAUACUGUACAAUUCCUGUAUACUGUACCAUUUACAAUGCUGUUGUACAUUUUAGAAUGUGUAUUUUAUGUUUUUAUCGUUUGUUUUUAUGAAGGAAAUAAAAUACGUACAUUGUG